GUAGAUCACUAACGUGCAAAAAUGGUGCUGAAAAUUGUACUUUUCGUCGCGUUAGCGGUUUCCGCUUCGGCCCGUAGGCCACCAAACGCCAAUUAUGCUGAAGGGCUCCUGAAAAAUUCGCCUGCAUCGCGUAUGUCCAGUGAUAUUGAAGAGGACAUCAAUUUAGAUGCGCCCGGCCUUGUAGCUAAAUAUGGCUAUCCCAUCGAAGUACACAACGUCAUCACCUCCGAUGGAUACAUCCUUGAGAUGCACAGGAUCCCUCACGGAAGGGACCACAACAACAAACCUGACCCCAAGAAGAUCCCUGUGCUUGUUAUGCACGGUCUUCUGUCUUCCUCCGCUGAUUUCAUCGUUUUGGGACCCGGAAAUGCUCUAGCCUACCUGCUUGCUGAAGCUGGUUACGACGUAUGGCUAGGCAAUGCCCGUGGUAACUUCUACUCGCGCAAACACCGCUCUCUGAACCCAGACAGUAGCAUCAACCACAACUUCUGGAGGUUCAGUUGGGAUGAAAUCGGCAACAUUGACCUCGCCGCUUUUGUCGAUUUCAUCUUGGACAGAACUGGUCAUGAGAAACUCCACUACAUCGGCCAUUCCCAGGGUGGAACUACAUUCCUCGUAUUGAACUCUCUGCAACCGAAAUAUAAUGAGAAAUUCAUUAGCUUCCAAGGUUUAGCUCCUGCUUCCUACUUCGAGCACAACGAAGUGGCUCUAUUCAAUUCUUUGGCUCCUCAUGAAAGCACCAUCGAGACUACCGCCUUCCUCUUAGGCCAGCCCGAGAUCUUUGGCAAUCGAGAUUUCGUGUACUGGAUCAGAUCGACUUUCUGCAAUGGCAUCACCAGCCUGUUGGCUGACGUCUGUGAUAUGGAAUUCGAUAACCUCCUCGACCCUGAACAUUACAAUGCUACCAUGAUCCCACUGUUCCUGUCUCACGCGCCAGCCGGUGCUUCUGUUCGCCAAGUGGCCCACUAUGGCCAGACCAUCCGCUUCAAGGCCUUCCGCCGCUACAACCACAACUCUAUUACUAACUUGGGAGUGUAUGGUAGCUUCAACCCUCCAGCCUACGACCUUUCCAAGGUCACCGUUCCCUCUUACCUACACUACGGUCAGAAUGACAAAGAAGUUCAUUUCAAGGACCUACUCACUCUUGCAGCUACUUUGCCUAAUGUAGUUGGUACGUACAAAGUUGAGAGGGAUACUUUCAACCACUUCGACUUCAUUUGGGGAAGGGAUGUAAGAGAACAGUUGUACGAAAGGACCCUGAUUCCUCUGAUGAAACAGGCAGAAAGACGACUGUAAAUCCGAUGUUUCUUGUAAAUAGUGUAAAUAUGGUUUUGAUAUAAGGAUUCCGAC